AUGUUAAAGAAAUUAAAGAAAAUCAAUGAAACGCCUAUAGAAUUAGCAAAAGCAACAACAGACACAACCAUAACAAAUAUUGUUGAGGCAGUCCCUCAAACUGAAACUAAUAAAAUGGAAAAAUGCUCUAAAGUGGCAAAGCGUAAACCUUUUAUAGUGAAUCAAAAAAGUUCGGAAAUUUUAGUAACCGAUGCUCUGAAAAAGUUGACCAAAAAAUCUGUAGUUAGCACUAAAGAAAAACCAGUGCAAUUUGUCUCCAAUCCCAAUGAAGUUAAUACUUGUUCUUUCGCCUCUCAAGGCAGUGUUAUUAUCGAUAAACAGUUAUCGGUAAUGGGGCCCUUUAAAAAGGUCAAAUGUGUCUAUACCAUUUUAAACAAUGAACAAAUAAACACAUUGCGUAAACAUGCCCAAGAGGCGGUAAAACAAAAUAAAAUUUUUACCAUACGUGGCAACUACAAUUCCGUACGUCAUGCUCUAAAAUCUCGCGGUUGGGUAGAGAAACUAGAAAUGCAUCGCAAGUCAGGUCCAUUGCCUACUAAUCAAAUCAAUAUCUGUGAUUUAUCACAAGUCUUGCCCAAACGUCGAAUGGGCGAAACACAAAGACAGUUUAUAGCCAAAGUAGAGAGAAAUAUAAUGUCUCGUUAUAUAGAAAAUGUAUUGUGUGAUUUGCUCUGGACUCCGCAUAAGGAAAAGGCUGAUUAUGUGGAGCAAACUAAGAAUAACAAUAUGCUGAUCAACAAAUUCAAUAGAGCUCCUUUUACCAAUAAGGAAAAUUUAAAUGCUUUUCUGCGUGAUAUGUCCGCCUUUUAUGAGGAAGGUGUGGCUGAUAUUAAAUUCCCACGCUGUUUUAAUGUAUGGUCUCCCGAAGAACUAGGCGAGUUUAUAGAUCAUUUUAAACUAACUGCCUGUAUAGCCUUUGUACGCUGGUUAGUAGACAAAUAUCAUGUGGGAGGUUUUGAUGCCGUUUUUUCUGCAACUGGCAAAAUACCUUACAGUUCUAUAGAUUUUGCAUUUAAACGUUGUCUAGAUUUUAUGGACAAUUGCCAGCACAACGAUAUUGAUGUAGAAGAUCCAGCACGCAUUUGGGAACAUGACUGGGAUGCUUUUCUCCAUCAGCAUUAUCAAAUGACACAUGAGGGUUUUAAAAUUCUGGCAGAUCCCCAAAAAUUAGUGGAAAGUGUUAUAACAAGAGGUGCUCAGCUGCUCGAUAAUAUACAAUACUACUGGCCUCAAUAUUCCAUAGAUGGCUAUGAAAAUCUUUGGAUUGUGAAGCCCGCCAAUAAAUGUCGUGGACGUGGUAUACAUUUGAGUAAUAAUCUGAAGAAAAUUGUGAAUAUUGUUAAUCCCUCUAUAGCGACGAAAAGUCGUUUUGUAGUACAAAAGUAUAUGGAACGUCCUUUAAUAAUCCAUCAAACAAAAUUCGAUAUACGCCAAUGGUUUUUAAUCUCCAGCAUACAUCCUCUCAUGGUCUGGAUGUAUAAAGAGUGUUAUUUACGUUUUAGCUCACAGGAAUACACUCUAACGAAUCAUCACGAAUCGGUGCAUUUAACAAAUCAUGCCAUACAAAAGAAAUAUACUAAUAAUGGAAAACGCGACAAACGUUUGCCAAAUGAAAAUAUGUGGGACUCGUAUUCGUUUCAGGCGUACUUGCGACAAAUUGGUAAACAAGAAUAUUGGUUGGAGCGCAUCUAUCCGGGUAUGCGUAAGGCUAUAGUGGCGGCGGUUUUAGUUUCUCAAGAACAUAUGGAAAGGACGCCCAAUACAUUUGAAUUAUUUGGUGCCGAUUUUAUGAUAUGUGAAAAUUUCUAUCCUUGGCUAAUAGAAAUAAAUUCUAAUCCCGAUUUGGCUGCCUCGACAAGUGUUACAGCAAGGAUGUGCCCCCAAUGUCUGGAAGAUGUUAUAAAAGUAAUGAUCGAUCGUCGUAACGAUCCCAAGGCCGAUGUAGGAAAUUUCGAAUUGAUUUAUCGCCAAAACAUCCCCCCUACCCCAGCCUAUAUGGGUCUUAACCUAAUAAUCAAGGGCAAACAAAUUUCGAAUCGUUCAAAUACACAUCACACCUAUCAAACAUUUCAACGCAGAGAAAGAUCCCUACAAACUAGUCAGUUAUAUAAACAACGGACUUCUUUAGCUGUAACGAAUGUUUCGCAAGUACAUAAACCCAUGCCCGCCUUCAAUGCCACCGAAUAUAUAGAAAAAUGUAUGGUUGAGGUAGCUUUAAAUAGUCCUCGCACUAAAAGCGUUUCCUCAUUGAUGAGCAUGAAUGAAAGCAAACCACAGUUCACCACGCACCUGAUAACCUCAGAUAAACGGAGAAAAUCAUUUACCAAUCUCAUGGUGUCCGCUGUCGGUCGUUGCCAAGCGCGAAAGAUAUCAAGUCCCAACUCUUCUCUCCGUUCAUCUAUGUACUCCACACUUAAACGUCAUCGCAGCUGUGGUCCUAGAUUUUCGACUAAUUGUGUUCUAGAUUGUAAAGACACUCAAAAAUCGAAAUUUUUUGUAGCCUCCUACAAUCAGCAAAAGGCUUUACAUUCAUCUCGUAAUGUAAGAAGUAUUAAGAAGCCAAAUCUUUUAGAUACACCAGUGUUAACUAUAAGUAAAUCAGCGGAUAACAUAAGAGAAUUGUGUAGUCCCCUUAAAAAAGCCUUGCCUAGCUCUAAAAGCCUUAGUCCCAUGAUACCAGCCAAGAAAAAUGUGAGCUCUAUAAAAUCGCAUUUAAGUUUAGGAUCAAAGCCACAACCGGACACCAAAAUCGAAAACAGUGCCACCACUAUACAUGCCAUUGGAAAAAGUAUAUCCAACUGGAAUAAUAAUAUUAAUAGCAAAAGACAAAUCAGUCCGAUGACGAAAGUUUAG